AUGGCUACGGAGCCGUGGCUCGCGGGCCCUGGGGAAACGCCGCCCCCAGACGCCUUGAAACCCGGGGCGCAGCCUGCCGGAGACCCCCCGUGGUCAACGCCCCCCGGCAGGCCUGGGGACACCCCCCAGCCAGAGCCCGAGGAUGCCCAGGGGCAGCUGCUGCCGGAGGCCCCCGCCUCCACGCCCUUCCCCGAGCCUCUGGCCCCCAGCCCCGGGCCGUUUCUUCCUCGCCUGUCCCUGGACGCCAUGUUCAGUCCCAUCACGGAACAGCUCCGCUACCUGCUCAAGAAGGCGGAUGAAUUCCAGAGCUACUUGCUCUACAGCAGGGACCAAGUCCGGGAGGAACAGCUGGCCAAGGCCUUGCCCACCUUCUUACAGAUGUGUGAGCCCUACUUCCUGUACCUGGAGGCAGCGGCCCGGAAUUCGCAUCCCAUCUAUGGAGCUUUGCAGGAGCUGGUCCGAAAGGGGCUGUUGGAGAUCUCCCAACAGCUGACCCUACGCCUGGGGCAGCUGGUUCUCAUGUACGCCUCUUGCGGGAUUGUGAACCUGGAGGAGACCGACCCCCUGAGCCUCGCCUGUUUCUUCUGCGGGAGGUUUUCUAUUACCCCUUCCCAGGAGGUGUCCAUCUUCAGGUACUGCGCCCCAGCCCCCUACACGGCCAGCCGCUUCCCCCGAUAUCUCUAUAAGAAGAUGCGCUGGAACCUGGAAACCACCCCAGAGCCCAAAGGCCAGGACCAAGCGUCCCCUGUGGAUUACUACUUCCUGUGCUAUCGAGAUACUUGGGAAGACACGGGCCAGAGUCCAGCCAAUUCGUGCCCCCAGAUCCAGAAGCUGUGGUCCAUCGGCCGAUGGGUACCCCUAGGACCGGCCGACGAUGACCUUUACUCUUGGAUUCUGUGCCCGCAGCCGCCUGGGGACUACCAGCAGCUCCUGACCAUCGGCUUCGAGGAGCCGUCGCCCAUGCUGGCCACCGACCUGCUGGUGCAGAUCCUCACGGGCCCGACAGGCCCGGCCCGGCCCCCGAGCGCGGCCGUCCCCGGGGUGUGGGCCGCGCAGGGGUCUUGA